AUGGCGGCGGCAGUGGCUGCGAGCGUCGGCAGGAAGCGCAAGUGCGAAGAGCUGUCUGCGCCUGAGCUUGGGCAGCUCCACGAGGACAUGCUCGAGCGCGUCCUCGCGCGCCUCCCGCCCUCCAGCUUCUUCCGCCUCCGCGGCGUGUGCCGGCGCUGGCGCGAGGCCGCGGGGUCGCCUGCCUUCCUCGCCGCCUGCGCGCGCGUCCCCGCCCGGGACCCGUGGUUCCUCAUGCUGUCCGACCAACAGGAGGAGCAGCGCCCUCCCUGCCCCGCCGUCGCGUUCGACGCCGCCGAGAAGACCUGGGCGCGGUGCCGUGGCGCCCCUGGCCCCGUGCCGGUGGCCGCGGCGGGCGGGCUCGUGCUCUACCGCGCACCUGAAACCGGCGCGCUCACCGUGGCCAACCCGCUCAGCGGCGUCUCCCGGGCGCUCCCGCCGCCGCCUCCGGCCGCAACAGUCGCGCUCUACGCCGUGGCCAUGUACGGAUCACCCUACCGCGUGGUCCUCAUCCUGGGCGAGCUUCCGCGCCUGUCCAUGACGGUGUUCGACUCCUCCAAGAACGCGUGGGAGAACGCCGUGCCUCUGUCGCGGAAGACAGAGGCCUCGCCCGCGGAUGCGCAAGCGCCGCACGACGACGACGACAUUGACGAGGACAUGGACGGCGACGGCGACGGCGCGGUCUAUUACCUCAGCAAGUCCGGCGACGUGAUGGUGUCCAGCACGCAGCGCAGCGCGUCGAGGCAGUACUCGUCGGCUGUGACGUGCCGCAGCGAUGGCGGCGAGGCCGUGGCCUACUUCCUGAGCCACUCGGGCGCGGUCGUGGCGUGCGACCUGGCGCGCCGCGUUUUCACCGAGCUCCCGCGUAUCCUGCCGAUGCACUUCGAGUACUCGAUCGACGUGGUGGCGUGCGACGGCCGGGCCUACGUGGUGGUCCUCUCGGAGUACCUGGACACGGCGACCCUGCGCCUCUGGGAGUUCUCGGACGGCGCGUGGCGGCAUGUAGCUGCGAUGUCCCCGGCCAUGUCGCACGCCUUCUACGGCAAGAAGGCCGACGUGAACUGCGUGGGGCACGGCGGGCGCGUGAUGGUGUGCGUCAGCUCCGGCGACGCGGACGCCAACGGGUGCUUCAUGUGCGACGUGGGGAGCAACGCGUGGGAGGAGCUGCCGCGGUGCGCCGGCGGCGACGGCGAGGCCAUGGACUUCGUGGCCGCCUUCUCCUUCGAGCCGAGAAUGGAGGUCGCCGUCUGA